AUGGAGCAAAGACAGAAUAUCGAAGGUGCAGCUGCACCAUUUCCCACAAACCCAGAAGAGUUUGAUUCCGACGAUCGCAUAUCAUUUUCGAAGCUCGAUCAGAAAUUCUUACUGGUGCAAGACGAUGGCACGGAAUUCGAAUUCGACGAUGCGAUCAAACGAUGGAUACCAGUAUUAGAUGAAGCAUUAUUGGAGGAGCAGCAGAAGGCAUAUAAGGUAUCCGGGGUAGAUGAGAGUGAGCCGGUUGAUGCUAUGAAGAGGAAGAGGAAGAAGGAGUAUGUUAAUGGCGAGGAGGAGGGGGGCCGAAUGGUAAAAGCCCCAAAGAAAGCUAAAAAACCUCUACCACCACGAUCAAACACUGCGGUUUACGUUACUGGUCUGCCAUCGGAUGUCACUGUUGAGGAAGUACACGAAAUCUUCUCACGAAAGUGCGGUGUUAUCGCAGAGGAGAUUGAUAGCGGAAAACCAAGAAUCAAACUUUAUACGGAUGAAAAGGGAGUAUUCAAAGGCGAUGCUCUUGUCGUAUUCUUCAAGGCGCCUUCUGUGCAGAUGGCGAUAAUGUUAUUGGACGAUACAGAUUUUAGGAUGAAAGGUGGCUCUUCUAAGGAGAGAAUCACGAUGAGGGUCCAGGCUGCAGAUGCAAGCUACAAGAAGGUUCAACAAACGGAUGCGGAUGGCAAGGAGAAAGAGAAGCCCAAGACUAGCAUGAAGGACAAACAGAAGAUUAUCAAGAAGACGCAAAAACUAGAUGCGCGGCUGGCAGAUUGGAGUGAUGAUGAGCCAUCGACUCUUGCGGAAACCAGCUCGAGAUGGGAUAAGGUCGUUAUAUUAAAGCACAUGUUCACCCUACAGGAACUAGAAGAGGAUCCAGCUGCAAUACUGGAUAUCAAGGACGAUAUCCGAGAAGAAUGUGGCAAGCUGGGUGAGGUAACAAACGUGGUGCUAUACGAUUUGGAGAAAGAUGGAGUUGCUAGCGUAAGGUUCGCAAACGCAGAGUCGGCGAAGGCAUGCGUUAGGUUAAUGAAUGGGCGGAAGUUUGCGGGCCAAGAGGUUGAAGCUCAUAUCACGGAUGGAAAGGAACAGUUCAAGAAAUCGAAGAAAAAAGCAGAUGAUGAGGAGCAGGUAGUGCCAGAAUCGGAGUUAUUAGGUGAUGAUUGA